AUAAACUAACAAAAGAACAAAAAUCUGUUAAGAGGAAGUUUGUGUGAUGUAUGUGGCAACAGCAAUGUCUGUGGCUCCUAUCAGAGCAUCAUCAUCUUGGUUGUUACCCUUACGCUCAAUUCCAUCUCCACCACCUUCUGUGCUACCAUGGAUCACCCUUCAUGGACAUCAGCAACUUAACAAUGGAAGAAGGCGCAGUUUAUCUCUUCACCGCCCACUGCUGCUGCUACUGCCACUCGCUUUCGUAAGCGGCUCUACUGGUGGAGAUGUUUUGGAGGUGGAAGAAAUCAAGGAGAGAUCCCAAAAAUGGCUGUGGAAAGGCACCUACUCCAUCAAUUUCUUUGUUCAACCUCCAUUAAUAAAUGGAGAUGCUGAUCAUCGUCGUCGUCGCUCUCCUUUGCUCCUUGUUCAUGGCUUUGGUGCUUCUAUCCCUCAUUGGAGGAGGAAUAUCACAACAUUAGCUCAAGAUGACACAGUCUAUGCAGUUGAUCUUCUUGGAUUUGGUUCAUCUGACAAGCCUGCAGGAUUUAUGUAUACAAUGGAAGCAUGGGCAGAGUUGCUCUUGGAUUUCUUAAAUGAAGUUGUUCAAGAGCCAGCUGUGCUCAUAGGCAAUUCUGUAGGAAGUCUUGCAUGUGUGAUUUGUGCCUCAGAAUCUUCAAAAAGACCCCGACCUCUGGUUAGAGGACUUGUCCUGUUGAAUUGUUCUGGUGGCAUGAAUAACAAAGCAAUUGUUGAUGAUUGGAGAAUCAAAUUGCUCUUACCUUUGCUUUGGCUGAUCGACUUCCUUCUGAAGCAAAAGGCUAUUGCGUCAGCUAUCUUUGAACGCGCAAAACAAAGAGAGAACUUGCGGAACGUCUUGUUGUCGGUCUACGGAAGUAAAGAGUCAGUUGAUGACACUUUGGUUGAGAUCAUUAAGGAACCUGCAGAGACUGAAGGCGCGCUGGAAGCAUUCGUUUCGAUUGUGACUGGACCACCAGGACCAAGUCCAGUGAAGCUGAUGCCAGAGAUUGCAGUACCAAUUCUGGUUUUGUGGGGCGAUCAAGAUCCAUUUACCCCACUUGAUGGUCCAGUUGGCAAAUACUUCAUGUCUUUGCCUUCUAGCAACUCAAAUGUGACACUCUUUGUUCUCAAUGGUGUCGGACAUUGCCCUCAUGAUGAUAGACCUGCUCUGGUCCAUGACAAGUUGCUUCCCUGGUUAGCUGAUCUCCAAGAUGCUUAAAAAGUCCUAUUUUUUCUUGUAUCAUUUUGCUUGCUUGGGAAAAUUUUCAUAUAUUGUGUUAAUAAUUGAAUCCACACCCUCUUGAUAUAGAGAUUUGAGCUCCUAUUCUAUAAUUGAGGUAGAAGUUUAUCCUUUAAGAAAAAGAAUGCAGAAGUAAUUGAAGUUUGAGAUGUUUGCUAA